GUCCUAUUGCAUUGAUACUCGGCUCUAAAUCGAGCUGAUUGGCAAGAAUAAACCUUGUGACUCUGUUUAUCUUGCGCUCCUUGGUCAGCUUAUUUCCCAAUUGCCUUAACUGCUCAAGUAACAAGAGAAUCUCACGUCCAGGAUACUCCAACCCCGCGUCCGCGUCCGCGUCUACGUUCGCGUUGAGGUGUUUCAUUACUCAAAUAUUUACAUCGAUAAUAUAUACAAUUCUUUCACUCAUACACACACAUUUUCUAUAAAAGGAACUACAUCUAUUCCAGAAUUAAUUCUAGAGAAGAAAUGAGCUGAGAAGCAAACAGUCGAAAAAUGGCGCUCUUACGAUUACCCAAUGAACUCCUUACUCUCGUUGCAGAACACUUGGACAUCAGGGAUAUUUCGAUGUCCUGUCGUUGUUGUCAUGCUCUCCACCGAGCUUUAGAUCACGUCCUUUAUCAUCGGGCCGGUAAGAACAUAGACGUCCUUUUCUGGGCUGUUGAGUUGGGAAGAACCCAAGUAGUUAUGAAAUUGCUAGCAGCAGGCACCAGCCCGGACCAGGCCAUGUUAAUCUUUCAUUUGCCUGACCCUCCUAGUAGAGGCCUAUCGGCCCUAGAAGCGAUUGAGCGCCAUGUUCUAGCGCAGUGGAAUCCGGAGCGGCGGACGUCACUUGUGGAUAAUGGUGUUAGCAUUGUACCAUCCACGAAUACUUGGAUUCGCUCGAAUCCACAGGAUAAACUACCUUCACAGCUAUGGACACCUCUCCAUCUUGCUGCUAGUCUAGGUCAUGACGAUAUCAUCAACUUGCUAUUGGAUCAUGGCGCGAACGUCAACGCCCUCUCUCGUGGAUUCUGCGUGUGCGGAGGUUCGUAUGAUUUUGUUAAUAAUAGGGAACUUCCAGAUGAAGAAUUUCCGUGGUGGAUGCCUCUUCAUACAGCUAUAUGCUAUAAUAAUUAUUCUACAGCCCAGAUCCUAGUAGCCCGAGGCGCCUCUUUCCAGGUAGCGUCAAGAGAAUUAGGUUCUUCGAGCAAUUACAUAACCGCUCUACACAUAUCAAGCUCUUUAGAUGCUCUCGACCUCUCCCGUUUCCUCUUAGACCACUACCAGCCACCAAUCGACAUUGAAGAUACUCAUGGCAUGAGCCCGCUUCACUGGGCCUACAAGGCAGGUCGUUGGAAUAUGAUCGGCUGGCUGCUACAAAAUGGCGCAAACAUCAAUGCUCAAGAUGGCAAUGGCUGCACGCUGCUCUUGGAUGCAUGCGCGAGAGGGUGUUUCCGAGAUGCGCUCAAUCUCAUCGAUCUGGGUGCUAACCCUAGUCGCUGUGUUGGAGCUACAUAUUUACAUUAUUGUUGCGAGGCUCCCGGUGUAUCUGUGAACACUUCAACUUCAAAAGCCGAGCGAGGGUAUGGGCUGGAAAAUAGUCGAUUAACGCUCUUGAAGCGGCUUGUCGAGGCCGGAGUAGACGUUAAUGAGAAGAACAUCAAUGGUGAUACCCCUCUAGCAGUCGCGGCCGCGGGGGGCUUGGAUCUCAUCGUGGAGUACCUACUCGACGCCGGAGCCGAGGUUGAUGCCCGGGAUUCCCGUGGAAUGACUCCGCUCAUGAGAGCAUGUACGUUUAUAGGUGAUCUAAAUCGUCUACUCCCAACUAUUAGGUUGCUACUUCAGAGGGGUGCCUCGACAACGGACGUGGAAUACUCAGGGCAGACCGCUUUGGAGAUAUUGUGCCGUUCAGGGGAAAAGCAUCCUGUCAAGUUUACCAUGGUCAAAUUAUUAUUGGAGUAUGGUUCAUCCCCUAACGCGACUAGCGGUUCUACCGAAUCCCUAAUUGAACCGCUGUUUAUGGGUGGUCAUAUAGAACUCUGCGAACUCCUGCAAAGGUUUAACGCAAGACUUCCAUCGAAGACGCUAUUGGACUCGAUGAUAAACAGGGCUAUCGACAAGAACCAGGUUGCUUCUCUCCAAUAUGCUUUACAGUUCGAAGAUGCAGCUGGGAUGUUGGCUACAAAGACACGCUUGUUCAAAGCUUUGGAGUCUAGAAAUUAUGCUGUUGCAAGCGUCAUCCUUGAUGCCGGUGCGCCUUGGGAAUAUGUGUCGAAGUCGGGAUGGACUUCUCUGCUUUAUGCAUGCAGGGGUAAAGACAUAACGGUUGUGCGAAUGCUACUGGAAAGGGGUGCGGACCCAAACCAGUCUAAUCAGAAAGGAGAGACUCCGCUUGAUCUGGCCCUCGACCAAGGAAACGUAGCCAUGUGCGAACUCCUACUUGACCAUGGCGCAAACCCUUUCCCGGAACUCAUCAACAGGUCGACCGGCAAGCCUCAUACCGGAGCUGUCCUACGAGCUGUCUUGUGCGGAAACCCCGAGAUCGUACGGGCCAUGGUUCAACGGGAUUUAUUUCGCUCGGCACCGGCGGUCGAACAAAUUCGGUCUAUGUACCAUGUGUGCGAUCAAAAAGCGACCCAAUACUCGAAUGCAUGCCUUGACGCUCUCCUCUGCGGAGGGGCCGAUCCGAAUAUGCCUCUGAUGCGACCCCUUACGUUUGAGUAUUGCCUUCCUUUACAGAUUGCCAUGGCAAAGCAAAACCAGGGAGCAGUGGAUUUGCUACUCAAGUACGGUGCGACUCCCCUCUAGUGAGUGAGACGAGCGAUAGGAUUAUCCUAAAGGCUGGACCUUUAGUGGAUGCUGAGAAUGUAUGAAACAAAUACUUGAUGUAAAUGGAAAAACCGGGUUUGGUUUGUUGGAUAUUAAGGCUAUAUGGAUUCUUAAAUGUAUCUCGAGUUAGAGAUGCCUGGAGCAGCUCAUGUCCCAUCAACACUCUCAUUCAUUGGCUAGACGGAAAGGAAAAGGGGGUGGGGCACACGGUUGAUCCUCGUAGCGAACGUAGUCGUAGUGUCUUAAUGGUUCUGGACUAUAAGACGCUUCUAGUUAAAACCAAUAUCAUUCCUUCUGGUAUACAUUUGGGUAUCAACGUAGCUCUCGCAAUCAAUAAUUACGACCUAUCAACGUCGGAAGCUCGGUAGUAGCCC